GAAAGCUAAACAAGAAAUUGAAAUGCGGACGGGACACAUCAUCAGGGCCUCGAUCUUCAUAGUCGGCUGUCUAAUCAACGCCCAGUCGAUCCUUUCUCACCACGGCCAAAGAAUCAUCUUUCCUUUAACUUACAUCGACCACUCCGUGGAACUUCACAGCAUUACAAAGGAGCUCCCCCUGCAGACAGGAAAAUGCCAGGACUACAGGAAUCGGGACCUAGUGUUGAACCUUCCCGGAGUUUCUCCCCGGAAUUUGUACCCGCGUUUCAUCGACAGUUACCGAGUUUCCUGUUUAUCCCUCACAGACAGUUCAAUAGAGCGCAUUCAAUCCGGAUCGUUUGCGUAUGUAUCCAAUCUCCUCUACCUCGAUCUCUCCCGUAAUCGAAUCCAACUCUGCGACCUCUUGAACUUCGGAAAUCUGGAGAGAUUGAAGACCCUCGUGAUCGAUGAGAACGACUCUCAAGGCCAGGAGACAAACUUAAUCCUCUCAACAUCGAGUUAUUUCUCCCAGCUGGAGCACCUCUACCUCCGCAAAAACUUCUUACGUGACAUCAGCAUCAACCUGAGACAGCACUUUCCAUCAUUGACCCACCUCUACCUCUCCGACAAUCGACUCGACGGUGGAGUGUUCACUUACUUGCAGCUGCCACACACCCUCACCCACCUCCACUUGGAGCGCAAUUGGAUAAGAGAGAUGGACACACGUGAGCUGAUCCAUCUGUCCUCGCUCUUUUUGGACGGCAAUCGCAUAGCGUCGAUUUGCUCCUGGCAGUGUCAUAGCGGCAAUCACCUUGCGCUGAGAGGAAUGACCGGAUUGAAGUUCUUAUCGCUGUUGAGAAACGAGAUAAGCUACGUCGAGAGGGGGUGCUUUGACGAGACGAGGAGUCUUCAGAGUCUGAACCUGGCGCACAAUUCGAUCAGUCAUUUACCCCCGGGGACCCUUGAUGUUCUCCAACGGCUGGAGGACUUGUCUUUGAGCUACAAUCGUCUCACGCAGGUGCCGGACGUCAGCAGAUUGAUGAUGAUAGGAAGCUUGUCCCUGGAUCACAACAACAUCGACAGAAUAUCAUCUUACGCAUUCGCAAAUCUGCAUUGUCUCAAGUGGCUGUCCCUCGGGGGCAACAGGAUCAACUCUGUCGAGGCAAACGCCUUUGUUGAUCUUCCAUUCUUGGAGGAACUUGACCUCUCCGAUAAUCAACUGUCUUAUCUCCCCUGGGGAUGGAUCUCCGGCACUUGCCUCCGACACUUGGACGUCCGCAAUAAUCAUUUCACCAGUUUUGAGAGCUUAUCACUUCGUAAUCUGUGGACCUUGACUCAUCUGUAUGUGCAGGGUACACCCUUGAGCAAUGUUAUUACUACAACACAUUGGCAGAUUGGGUAUAAUACAACGGUGCAUGUCAAGUACAGUUCGUCCGUCAACCGGGGACCUUGUUAUGCCUCGUGUGAUGGUGGUUACACCAUACCGAGGAUAACUUUCCGUGAUGAGUGGACUCGUGAAUUACGAGUUCAUAAAAGUGAAGAAGUUCCUUCAUGUGAAGACGAAGAAGAUGGUCUUGGUAUUCACAUCAAUCUCACUAAAGUGGAAAUAACAAAAAUCAGAGCCGACUUUCUGACGAGCUCCCUCGUUACGUGUCUCACCUUGAAAGAUAAUUCCAUAUUGGAAAUUGAUGAAGAAGCAUUCAGAGGAUUGCCAAAUUUGCACUACCUUAACUUGGCUGGAAAUAAAAUUCCGCAAAACAAAUUUGACUAUGACUGGUCAACUAUCAAAACGUUAGUACUGGAUUUCGCUAUUGCCGCGUGUGAAAACAAUAACGGUUAUAGGAAUGAAGAGUGCUAUCGAAAUGGAUGGAUCCCCCAGCCGAAGUACAAUAACUUGCGUUUUCCAAUACUUUCAAAAUUACCAAGUUUAGAAAAAUUGUAUCUCCGUAAUAAUGGCCUCCAGUCGCUGACCUGGAAUCGACGUAUGGCAAACCUCACUCAUCUGUACUUAGAUGAAAAUAGAAUCAAUCUCAGUGAUCUCAUCGCAUUCAUUCCGCCCACAUUAACCCAUCUCUCUCUUUCUCGUAAUCUCAUCCAACUGUUCGCACAUUCUCCGAUAUUACUCCAAUUGGAGGAAUUAACAUUGGAUGGCAAUAAUAUUCGGGUGCUGUGUUAUGAUUACAACUGUUUCGAACCAAACCCGCAACUGCCACAAGAUCCGGAGGAACCUACAAAGUUGCCAUGGGAAGAAUCCGAUGCUGACAGGGUAAAAGUUGGAAGUUACAUAGACCUGAGAGGUGCCACAAAGUUGAGAAAAUUAUCGAUGGCAUCGAAUGAAUUAAUGGUGAUUCGUGACGGUGCUUUCACGGAUCUGAAGAGCUUGCAAUACCUGGACCUCUCCAGUAACUCUUUCCGAUACAUUCAGCCGGAGGCCUUCAGAAGUGCGGAGAAUCUAACAACUUUAUUACUGAGUAAUAAUACACUGAAACACGUGCCAAAUUUCGCUCACUUGGAGAGUUUGGAGAUGUUGAUGUUGGAUGGGAAUGAAAUAACUGCUGUAGAAUCAGCUCCAUUUUUGAACCUCACAAUGCUGCAAAUCUUGAGUUUGGCGAAGAACUCGAUCAAUCAAAUUGAUCCGAUGCUUUUGGAGGCGCUCCCUCUGCUGUAUGAACUGGAUUUAUCAGGGAAUCGACUGACGACUCUUCCAGGGAACUGGAUGUCACCUGAGACCGCUCUCCGUCGUUUGCAUUUGGAUAGUAAUUUAUUCACGAAUAUCGAGAAUAUGGCUCUGAGGAAUGUUACCGAUUUGGAGUACCUGAACAUCGCGGGAAACCCGUUUCAACUCUUAUCAGUCAAGUCCCUGAUACAGUUACCGGAAAAUACUGUCAUCAAUGCUGAAGUUGUUUCUUUUAACGGAGACAGGUCCCAUUCCUCUACCCUCAGUUCGCUCAGCUCCACCGCGAAACAAACACCGGUCUCCAACCUCACCAUGUUUACCUCCAAAAUCCUAAUCCCCCUUUGCCUCUCCCUAACCCUGGUAUCGCCGCUGUCAGUGAGGAAUUCCAGCUGCGAAGAGGACCUCCGCCUGAACAUCAAUCUAGCUGGCAGUGGCUUGCAGCGCCUGAAGGACAAAUUCCUGUCGAGUUCGCUGAUAAAUUCCCUCCACCUGGAGGACAACCAGAUCUGGAACAUCGCGGAAGAGGCCUUCGUGGACCUAACGAACCUCCAGUACCUGAACCUCGCUGGGAACCUGUUGCCGUACAGCAAGCUGAGUCACAGCUUUCCAAAGCUGAAAACCCUGGUCCUAGACAAGGCCUUCACCCUAGUCCCUCAGGAGGACUUGCAAGAAUCCUUCACCACGCACUGCUCCCCCUGCCUGUCGAAGCUCCCGCAAAGGGCCCCAAGAGAUUUCGGCCUCCACCUGAACAUCUCCGGAGGAAUGCCUGAGCUAGAGCAGCUGCACCUGCGCAGCAACAACAUCAUGACGAUCUCAGGCCUGCAGAACACGCCGAAUCUCACGUACCUCUACCUCGGGAGCAACCACAUCUCCAGAGGAUUCUCUGAAGCCCUCGUCCCCCCGACGCUGAAGCACCUGCACCUGGAGAACAACUUCAUCGAAUCCUUCAACUCCUCCGUGACGAGGCAGCUCGAGGAAUUGGUCCUGGACCACAACAACAUCUACCGCUUGUGCUCAGACAAUUGCAGUCAGCGAAAGCGUGAGACGUACGAACACGAGCCGAUGCUGAAUCUGGCAGGGGCUGUGAGCCUCCAGAUCCUGUCGGUAGCUGAUAAUCUGCUGAUGUAUGUGGAUGAGGGCGCUUUCGACGACCUCGAGAGCCUCCAGUUCCUCAAUCUUUCUGGUAAUUAUCUCGAGAUAUUCCCGUUAGACGUCUUCGGAAACCUCACGAACCUGAAGUCACUGGCCCUGAGCGAUAAUUUUUUGAAGGAAAUCCCGGAUGUCGACGACUUGGAAGAGUUAGAAGUCCUUCUGCUGAACGGAAAUGGCGUGAAGACCGUCACCCAAGCGUCAUUCACAAAUUUACCGAAACUGAAGACUCUCAGUUUCGCUAAUAAUCACCUGAGUGAAAUCGAUGCCGGUUCAUUCGACGCCCUGACUUCACUCAACGAAUUGGAUUUGUCCGGUAAUAAGCUUCUUAUAUUGCCGGAAAAUUGGAUAGCGGGGAGUUUCCUGCAGCGACUGCAUUUGGAUAGCAAUUCAUUCACGGGAAUUGAGAAUAUGUCUCUGAAUAAUGCGAGCUGCAUUGAGUAUCUGAGCAUUGCGGGCAAUCCGCUGGUGAGUUUAUCCACUAAGGCGCUGAUGAAGUUACCGAAGACUGUUGUGAUUAAUAUCGGAAGAAGGGGAGCGGCCGGCGGCGAGAGGAGGGAGAAAUGCCAGUGCGAUAAUCUCAUCUGUGAGGAGAGGAGAUUUAAGAACUUUGAGGGAUUGGAAUCCAUGGAGAGGGCUCAGUAAUAACGAUACCAGUGAAAUCAUUCGUCAUCAUUGUUUUUGCAUUAUAUCAUUGUUAAAUUUCACCAUUAUAUUUUACGAGAAAAUAUGCUUUAUUGUGUCAUUAUUUGACCUAUUGUUAUGGAGGGAAAUAAAGGCUUUAGGGUGAAUUGAAGAAUUGAAAUUUAGUCUCGAAAUUUUAGCGAGUAGGGAAUGACUGCGAAAUAAAAAUAUGUUAAAAUAAUGCAAUUCGUAUGGAUGGGAUACUUGGUCGUAUAACUUUCUGGAUUGUUUGAUCUUAGUGAUGCUUUCCGUCCUGACAGUUUUGUCAAAUUUUAUCGAUUAAUGAUUUCAUUUUUAUAUUGUCUGUAGACUGUAGUUUGAUCCUGUAAUUGGCCUUGUGCUGUUGGGUCUUUAUGAAAUAAAAUGAAAUGAAGUGUAACUUCUGCAAGCAACCAAUAAAUAUAUAGCAAAGCAAUGUAAAAAUUAAA